AUGGUUAUCAUCAAAUGGUGGGGCAGCACAAAUGCUGUCGACACCAAGAAGCUCGUCUUCAGACACGAGUUCCCCGUGAAACGGUUCUGCAAGAUGGAGAAGCUCCGAGAGGCGCUAGGGGAUAUCUUUGGCUCGAAUGAUUGGGUCGUCGAGUACGAUGGAGAUAAUCUCAUCAUCAAAGUGGGAAGCAUGGUUGAUCUGAAGGAGGAACUGAAGGCGCGUGGUAUUAUUUACAAGUCUAUGUGUAAGGCUCGGGUGGUUUGGUUUCUCCGCGCGAGCGUGGUGGCAAAGUUCUCAUGGGUUGUGGAGAUCUCGUCAUAA